UUCCCUAGAACAGAAGUCAUGCAGCGCCAUAAAUCGUUCUCAAUUUUAGUUAUCAGUUUAUUAGCAAGUAUAAAUGCUGAAAAAGUUUGCGAAAUAUCAACGAUUUGUGGCAAUGCAGCAUCCAUAAGAUCUCAGAUGAUUGCCGUGCGCGUGGAGCAAGAGCGCCAUGGAGAACUUUUAGAUGACUUGAGCUCAAAACUAAGUAGUUGCCUAUCAAAAACCGGGUUAACUACUCAACUAUAUGGAAAGAGUUGUGCCGAACCUUCGGUACUCACCCAGCACAGUGAAAUCAACGUCGUCGUGGUGCCGGAGUACAGUGAACACCCCUUUGUGGUGGCCUGCGAUCAACUGAGUCACGGAGGCGGGUGGACCAUCUUUCUGCGGCGAACCGACGGCAGCGAGGACUUCUUCCGGGAUUGGAAUGACUACAAAAACGGUUUUGGGAAGUUGGAGAACGAGUUUUUCCUGGGACUCGAUAAGCUGCACGCCAUAACUUCAUUACAAAGCCAAGAACUGCUGGUUCUGCUCGAGGAUAAUGAGGGAGAUCGGCGAUACCAGCUGUACGACAACUUCAGGAUCGGAUCAGAGCAGGAUGGCUUCGCCCUGGAGUCCUUGGGCAACACUUCGGGUAAUGCAGGAGAUGCCAUGGCCACUCAUUUGGGUCAGAAGUUCACCACCAAAGACCGCGACAACGACAAGCACGCCACGCUGAACUGCGCCACAAAUUACAACAGUGCUUGGUGGUACAACGCCUGUCAUCACAGCAACUUGGCUGGCAAAUACGGCGACAACACCCAUGGAAAGGGCAUCAACUGGUAUCAGUUUAAGGGGCACACCUACUCGCUAAAACGUGCGCAAAUGAUGAUAAGACCGAAAAAGCAGUGCCAUUAAUUGAUAAGAGUAAAAUAUAUAUUAAACUAGUAAACCCGGCGAACUCCGUUUCGCCACCAGAACGUACUCUUCUGGCAUUCACUGUACUACGACCUAUGCUCCAACAACGUCGUCUUUCAAACAUGUCUUUAUAAUUUCUGUACAAAAUUUACUCAGUUCUAGACUCAUGUAUAAUUACCUACUGACUUGGCAAUGUAUAAGCGGAAAAAAAAAUUAUUAAAACGUUAAAACAUA